AGAUAUACUGUUACCCUGCCUCUCUCCUCCACAGCUCGCACUCACCUCCUAAGUCCCGCACUGGAGACUCAAACUAACAGGAGACAAGAGGAGGAGGACACUAUCUGUCACCUCUUUUUUUUUUUUUUGGUCUGUGUGACUUGAACACAAACUCAUUUUUCUCCUCGGCUUGAAGGCGCGGGCAGACAGCGGCAUUUUCCCAUCCCCUUAGAAAUAAAAGAAAGAAGUGGAGUCGGGUGGAUGAGUUGUGUGGAUGUUAUUUCCUGGAUUUUCUCCUCGGGCUGUGUCUCACCGCGGCCCCGGACACGGCAACAGUGUGUGGAAAAGUAGAUUUGUAUGUUAAGCGUAUGGCUUCAACGAGGAUAACGCGCUGGAUGCUUGGUGAAGCAUGGUGGUGAAGAUGGUUAGAACGCACUUAAUAGGGCCACUGUCACGGGGCCGGGUCAAAUGGCCGAGCAUAAUGGGAACAGGAAUCCUUUAUCUGCUGCUACUAUCAACUUGUCUCGGCCAAGACACAGAAGACUGGCAAUAUGAGGAAUGUAAACUGUCCCGGUCGGGUCCUCCUGCCACCAUUGUUGCCAUAGAUGAAGAAAGCCCCAACGGAACGUUAUUGGUUGAGAACAUGCAGAUAAAUGGCGUGGCCGAGGGUCCUGAUCGUACCAUCUCUCUGUCGCUAAGGGAUAACCACGACUACUGGGUGAUCCUGGAUCCUUCCAAACAAGCCCUUUACCUCAACAGCACUGGACGGCUUCUGGAUCGAGAUCCCCCCUCCUAUAUUCAGUCCAUUGUGGUUCAGGUUCAGUGCACCAAUGAGCUAGUCGGCACGGUGAUCUUACAUGAAGUCCGCAUUGUUGUACGAGACCGCAACGACAACGCACCACGUUUCCAACAGCCAAGAUACUACGUUGCCGUCAGCGAGCUGACGCCAGUAGGAACCACUAUCUUCUCUGGUUUCUGGGGGAACAAUGGGGCAGCAGACAUCGAUGACGGUCCCAACGGACAGAUAGAGUACACCAUCCAGUACAAUCCCAAAGACCCGACAACAAACAGAACCUUUGACAUCCCUCUGACACUGUUCGGCUCCGUAGUUCUUAAAGAAAGACUCAACUAUGAGGAGAUAACACGCUACCUGGUCAUCAUACAAGCAAAUGACCGAGCCCCCUAUCCCAGCGAGCGCCGUACGGCCACCACCACUCUGACUGUGGAUGUACUGGAUGGUGACGACUUGGGUCCCAUGUUUUUGCCAUGUACGCUUGUGGGAAACACCCGUGACUGUAGUCCCAUCACGUACCGGGCUAAUGUACUGGAGCUGACAGAGCCGAAUAAGGUGAAUCCCGUCAAUGUGACUCCACCCAUUCAAGCUGUGGACCAAGACAGAAACAUACAACCUCCGUCUGACAGACCGGGGAUUCUGUACUCCAUCCUCAUCGGCAAACCAGAGUCCUAUGCAGAAUAUUUCAGCCUGAAUGGAACCACAGCAGAGCUCCUGCUACUGAAGCCCAUCGAUAGAGAACUCUACCGCAGAUUUGAUCUGGUUAUCAAGGCAGAGCAGGACAAUGGCCACCCCUUGCCGGCGUUUGCCAACCUCCAAAUCGAAGUUCUGGAUGAAAACAACCAGGCACCCUACUUCCUGGAGACCGGUUACCAUGGCUACGUCAGUGAGGCAUCACCAGUGGGAACCACCAUAGCGACCACUGCCAGCCUGUCUGCACCGCUGGCCAUCGUGGCUCUGGAUAACGAUGUGGAGGAGACCAGAGACCCUCAGCUCCAGUUCUCAUUGGACAGCUAUUCUGAUGUCUUCUCCGUGUCUGCCACUGGAAUAAGAAGACAUCUCACCCUGCUGCAGCCGCUGGACAGAGAGACGCAGGACUCUUACACAUUCACGCUUUCAGCAUCAGACGGCGUCCAGCAGAGCAUUCCAGUUACCGUGAUGAUAACAGUUUUGGAUGCUAACGACAACACUCCGACUUUUGCUAAUGUCUCUUAUAAUGUCAACCUGUUUACAGAUAUGAUGCCUGAAGAAACUGUGUUACAGCUGGUAGCAGUCGACUCUGAUGCAGGUCCCAACGGUCAAGUCACCUACCGGAUCUUAGCUGGUGAUCAGGGACAUUUUCUUAUUAACAGCAGUACUGGGGUCAUUACCGUGGCACCAGGUGUGGAGCUCAGUGUUGGGCGGAGCUACGCGCUGACUGUGGAAGCCAUGGACAAUGGGCCCGUACCUCAGAGACGGUCAUCCAUUACUACGGUCUAUAUCGAAGUUUUGCCUCCAAACAACCAGAGCCCUCCACGUUUCCCCCGGCAACAAUACAACCUGGAGAUCAGUGAAGCAAUGAGGACUGGAGCUACACUGCUUAAUCUGCAGGCAGUGGAUCGGGAGAGAGACCCCAUCACCUACAAAAUCCACAGCGGAGACCCCCAUGGACAUUUUGCGCUACAGCAGAAUUCAGGGUAUUUGGUCCUGGACAAGCCUCUGGACAGGGAGUCUCUGGAUUAUUAUACCCUGGUGGUCACAGCUUCAGACGGACACCCAGAUGGGACCUCCUCUGCAACCGUGAACAUUGUGGUGACAGAUGUUAAUGACAACGACCCGCUGUUCGAUUCUUCACUGCCGGUGAACCUCACUGUCAUCGAGGAGCGGGAUCACGCCUAUGUUGGACAGGUCAAGGCGAUAGACGCUGACCUCAGCUCCAACCUCACAUAUCGAAUCAGAACUGAAGGCUCGGACCAGGAGAUCGUUCGGCUGUUCCACAUCGACCCGGUGACUGGAGAGCUGUCGGUUCUUAAAGUUCUGGACUACGAGGCUCUGGCUGACUCAGCAGCUACAUACACAUUCACAGUAGAGGCCACGGACUCAGAGGGAACCAUGCCUCCUGGACUCGCCUCUGUUACUGUUAGAAUUAUGGACAUGAAUGACUUUUCUCCGGUAUUCAGCCAGUCAGUGUACCGAGGCCUGGUUGCCCCUAAUGCUGUCAAGGGAACCAUUGUAACCACGGUGAUGGCCAAUGACUCUGACCCUGCGGGUACCCCAGCAGGUUUAGUGCGCUACAAAGUCAACCAGGAGGCUUAUCCAUACUCUGCAAGUAUAUUUGAUGUGGAGGAACAGACGGGGAAUGUGGUAACCAGAGUAAACCUCAACGAGGAGCCCAACCUCAAGUUCAGUCUGGUGGUGGUGGCCUACGAUGAUGGCGAGCCAGUAAAGGAGAAUACAACUCUUGUAGAGAUCACAGUCCUGCAGCCCUCUGUCAUUCCCGUGUUCACUCAGGAAGAAUACAGGUUUCCACCAGUGAGCGAGGAGGCUGCUGUUGGAACCCCAGUGGGAGCCAUCAUGGCGGCUGCUGUCAAUCAGACUAUCAUCUACUCCAUCAUGGAAGGCAACCAGGGAGGUGUGUUUGCAUUAAAUGAAACGACAGGAGUGAUUUCCACUGCCAAGCCCCUGGACUAUGAGGCCAACUCCUCCUACAUUCUGAAGGUGGAAGCCGACUCCAUGAGAGUGGUGUCCUCGAACCUCCGAGUUCCCUCAAAGACUAACACAGCUAAGGUGAUAAUCGACAUCCAGGAUGAGAACGACCACCCACCGGUUUUCACCAGGUCUCUUUACAUUGGAGGGGUCGCAGAGGAUGCCAAAACUUUCACCUCCGUCUUGCAAAUUCAGGCUCUGGACAAAGACACCGGUAACUACAGCUCUAUGAUGUACCGGCUCAUCAUUCCCCCUCCUGCUGGCAAAGACAGUAAAGAUACUAAAGACGGCUUCGUCAUCGAGCCAUACACAGGCGUGGUGAAGACAGCAAUCAUGUACCGCAACAUGAGGCGGUCAUAUUUCAAGUUUGAGGUGGUUGCUACGGACAACUAUGGUAAAGGACACAGCAGCAAGGCGGAGAUAGUGGUGUCAGUCGUGAACCAGCUGGACAUGCAGGUGGUUGUGUCAAACGUCCCUCCAACUUAUGUGGAGAAAAACAAAGACAAGCUGCUCAGCAUCUUGGAGCGCUACGUCCAGGAACAGAUACCGGGCGCAAAGGUUGUUGUGGAAACCAUUGGUCCCCAUCGCCAUGGUGACGGAAUGGAGCAGGAAGACUACACCAAGUCAGACCUCAUGAUUUAUGCCAUCGACCCGCUGACAAAUAGAGCUGUAUCAAGACAGGAGCUCUACAAGUUUCUUGAUGGUAAACUCUUGGACAUCAAUAAAGAGUUCCAGCCUUUCCUCCCUCCUGGUGGACGGAUUCUGGAGAUCCGAACCCCUGAGGUGGUGACCAGCGUGAAGAAAGCUGUGCAGACUGUAGGCUACACAGAGGGGGCGCUGUUGGCUCUGGCAGUUAUUAUCAUUAUCUGCUGUGUCCCAGCCAUACUGAUUGUCAUUAUCACCUACAAACAAUUCAAAGAACGCCAGGCAGAGUGUGCCAAAACAGCCCGUAUCCAGAUGGCGCUGCCAACGGGCAAACCUGGGGGAGGCACUGCCAACAACCUGUAUGAAGAGCUGGGUGACAACGCCAUGCGUGGAUAUGGACAACAUGAGACGCAACAACUUCUCCGACCUUCUCUGCUCAGACCAGAGGAGUUAUCAAUGGAGUCUGGCAUCGACCCCGGCCAGGACUACUACACACAAGACUAUUACAACUACGAUCACGGAUAUGACCUUCCUCAGUACGGCAGUCGCAGGAAACUGAUCUCACCGUCUGGCCUCUACGAUGAAUACGGAGAGGUCGUCGUUGAUGACGACGGCAGCUACUACUACAGCCCGCAGGAGUCUGAUGCAGAGGUGAGGAGACAGAUUCAAGGAGGUAGAUUAGCCCCACACCCUGCCUACCUCCAGCCUCGUCCUCCACCUCCUCAUGGGCCAUCCAGAAAGACCCCAGCAGCUCCAAGAACUGAGGGCGACACACACCAACAGGUAGAGGGUGGUGCAGCCGUGAACACAAAGCCCAAGAGCUCCAGUGCGGCCGCCAGGUUGAAGGCUGUGAUGAGACACGGCAGUAGAAAACGUCGGAUCAAGUUGGUGGUGGACCGGGAAUAUGAGACCAGCUCCACCGGUGAAGAAAGUAUGCCAGAGACCCAACGCAGCCGCAUACCCUCCACCCUCAACAGCCACGCUAACGUUAACGGCAGCAUCUAUGUGGCCCAGAAUGGCUCCAUCAUCCGCACCCGACGCACAGUAAACACCACAGGCCCCACACACACUCACACCACCACCACGAACAACAACCUCAAACUCACCUCCCCCGUCUUCAGCUCACGGCUGGCCAAGCACUUUAAAAAACUCGACAAAAUGGCUGCCACGCUGGAGGAAAGAGUCCCCCUGAACCAUCCCAGAGCGGCGGCAGCAGACAGCGGGUGCAAGACACUGCGCACCUUCCAAAGUUCGGGAAUGGCUGCCUCUGCGACUUCCUCUUUCUCUAACACUGACAACAAUAAAACUCUGAAUGUGUUUAACACUCGACAAUGCAGCAUUUCUUUAGGGUCGACCAGCACCAGCAACACGGGCCCUGACUGCGUAGCGUCUAAAUCAAACCUGCUCAGAGCGGUGCAGGGCGGCACAGAGCCGCCUCAGAGCACAGCACAGAGAGAGGAGCUGAAUGAUGGCGAGAGAGAGUCGAAGGUAGACGGCAGUAAUGAUGAAGAGGACGACGGACUUGUUAUGGGGGAGUCGUUGGAGUGCCCAAGUGACAGAACGCAGUCGGAUGAGGAGGAAUUAUGGAUGGGCCCGUGGAACAGCCUUCACAUACCCAUGACUAAACUCUGACUGAUCGUGACUCCACUGUGCUCGCUCCUUAUUGCCAAGAUCAUUAAAGCGUUCAGACAUCAUUUCUGUUCAUUAGUUGUGGAACUAAUGGGGAUGCUCCAAUCCAAUUAAAAGACAUCUUAUUAACAGAUUGGUGCUCAGCUAAAAGGUGAAUUAGCAUUUUCUGGUGUUCAAACUGAAUUUCAUUAAGAUGUAAGAUUCCUCACUUAUUGACUCAAAUAAUUUCUUUAUUUUUGUUUAAAUUCAGAGACAGAUGAUGAAAAUAUAUAAGAAAAAGCAAGUAACUCGGCAUCUGAUUGGCUGUUUGCUGAUUUACUUAAUGAAAUGUCUGUUUUGUAUCUGCUCAAUAUUCCAAUCAGAGCGUCCCUAAAGCCCAACUGAUCUAAGAGCUGCAACCCCCCUGCGGAGAACUGGACCUAGAAUGAGAGGACUUGUUAUAUUUCUACUUUGCUAAGAGAUAAUGAUGGAAACUUGAGGAAAAAGUCUGUGAACUUUUUAUGGCCCUUUAAGCGACUGGUGUCACCGCACUCGUUUCAUUCAGAAUUACAGCUAUUGGUGCGACUC